UAUUUUCAUAUUUCAUUUUAAUUUUGAAGCGUCAAUUGUUUAAUGGUUAAAAAUAUUUCCGAUGGCGAGUGUUUGUAUCCUGCAAUUCGACUACAGUCACAACCCAUAUCCUAGCAUAAUCCUAGAGCUUAGUUGGAACAAGAAAUAUUAAUGAAUUAAGAAAGAUACUACCAAUAUUCCUAAAUUUUGCUUGAUCGGGCCCUAAUGUCAAGUUACAAUGAACUUAUAAGUCAACACUGUAUAAAUGUAAUUAAAUUUUGUUCCAGUAUCCCAACACAGGAACAAGUAGACAGAACGACAAAUAUAUUCUGUGCAGGCAAUGACUCUUGUAAUGGUGACUCUGGAGGAUCUCUCUUGGUCGAAGCAUUUUAUGAAGACAUAUACAAAUAUGUCCAAUUCUGUGUCGUGUCUAAUAGGUCUAGAAUAUGUUACUUGUUAAAUAAUAUUAUUGUUAUUAAUAUAAAGGCCACCCCACCACCCCAAAUUUUUCGAUAUCGGUGUCGAGAUAUCGGUAAAAAGAGCGCAACACUAUUGUUGUCCAUGUCCAUGUUUUUCCUUGUGUUCAGAAUAAUUAAAAUAGUUGAAAUAUUUUUAUCAUGGCAACUAUUUGUCGCGGUAAUUAAUUUUGACAGAUUUCCGUUCAUUGUUUAAGUCCCGACUCUUAAUAUGAAGUAGUUACUACUCUUUGGACAAAACAACGUGCCUACAAGAUGCGGUCGCUCCCAGUUGUAUUGUGCUGUGUAUUGCUUGCGACCCUUACUACUGCUUUCAAAAAAUGCGACAAUUGCAAGAGGAUAACAAACUGUGCACCGGCUAUGCAGCUAGCCCGUUUAAACAGUCGGGCGGCACUUCAACAGCUCCAAGUCGCUUUCUGUGGCUUUGAUGUGAUUCAAAAGGUCUGCUGUUCUGAUUUAUUACCAACUCGUCUUAUGAAUGAAAAAAAUGCACAAACUUCUGGAGACGAAAUCGAAAAUCAUCGUAAUAUCCGACUUCUACCAACUGAGUGUGGCGAUGUGGACGGAAACAAAAUUAUAGGCGGAACCACUGCUGGCCUUUUUGAGUUUCCCUGGAUGGCCCUCAUUUCAUACAAUUAUAAUGGGAUUUUAAUGUUUAAAUGUGGAGGCACAGUUAUAACUGCGAGGUACGUGCUGACGGCUGCACACUGCAUCAACCAACAUAUAGUUGCAGUUAGAAUCGGUGACUAUGACGUUAGCCAAGCAGAAGAUUGCGUGGGGGAGGACGAAAUACUCGAUUGUGCAUCUAAAUAUCAGGACAUCUUCGUAACUCAUAAGAUAGCUCAUUUCGGAUACGUUUCGCGUCCAUAUGUCCUAAAUGACAUUGGGCUGCUACGUCUCGCCACACCUGUAGACUUUUCUUACGUGAAUUCAGGCGUCAUUUGUUUACCUGUUACAAAAGAACUACGAGAAAAAGAUCUGUCGGGUGAGAGAGGUGUCGUGACCGGCUGGGGUUUGACAGAAAAUCAAACUAAAUCCAAUAUUCUUCUCAAAGUUGAGUUACCUAUAUUCUCAAAAUCUUCGUGUAAUACGUUUUACAAAGGUAUCUCAAAACAGGAAAAAGUAGACAGAAUGACAAACACGUUUUGUGCUGGUGAAACAGGCCAUGACUCUUGCAAUGGUGACUCUGGAGGACCUCUCAUGGUCGAAACUUUUUACGAUGAUCUAUACAAAUAUGUCCAAUUCGGUGUCGUGUCUUAUGGGUCUAGAACAUGUGGUUUAGAUAAACCUGGAAUAUACACGGAUGUCCGAAAGUUUAUGAAAUGGAUUUUGGAUACAAUUAAACCAUAAAAUGAAAAACCAGAAAAUAUACGUAAAAAUUAGUCUGGUAAUAAUAAUCGAUAUCAAAUAAAGUUAGUUCGUUUGGGUUUCUGUAGGGAUAUUGCCUAGCAGUCAAAGACAUGUCUCCAAAGGACUCUUUCAAGUUCUAUUUUCAUGUCUAUCGAAUAAAGUAAAACAUUUAUUAUGUAAGACUAUUUUUAAGUUCAUAUUGUAUUCUUAAAACAUAAAUAAACAAUACAUAAUAAGUAAGUAAA